AUGGCGAUGAACAUACUAGCUCCGAUUCCACCAAGUCUACCUAUGGUAAAUACUACGACAAAUACAGCUAUGACAAAUAUGGUUAUGACAAAUAUGGAUAUGACAAAUACGGCUACGACAAAUAUGGAUAUGAAAAGUAUAGCUAUGAUAAAUAUGGUUCUGAAAAGGUUUACGACAAAUAUGGCUAUGAUAAAUAUGGCUUUGACAAGUAUGGCUUUGACAAGUAUGGAUAUGAUAAAUACGGAUAUGACAAAUAUGGCUAUAGCAAGUAUUAUAGCAAGUAUGGCUAUGAAAAAUACAGCUAUGAUAAAUAUGGUUCUGAAAAGGUUUACGACAAAUAUGGCUAUGAUAAAUAUGGCUUUGACAAGUAUGGCUUCGACAAGUAUGGUUUUGACAAGUAUGGCUUUGACAAGUAUGGAUAUGAUAAAUACGGAUAUGACAAAUAUGGCUAUAGCAAGUAUUAUAGCAAGUAUGGCUAUGAAAAAUACAGCUAUGAUAAAUAUGGUUCUGAAAAGGUUUACGACAAAUAUGGCUAUGAUAAAUAUGGCUUUGACAAGUAUGGCUUUGACAAGCAUGGCUUUGACAAGUAUGGCUUUGACAAGCACGGCUUUGAUAAGCAUGGCUUUGACAAGCAUGGCUUUGACAAGCAUGGCUUUGACAAGCAUGGCUUUGACAAGUAUGGCUUUGAUAAGCAUGGCUUUGACAAGUAUGGCUUUGAUAAGCAUGGUUUUGACAAGUAUGGCUUUGACAAGUAUGGCUAUGAUAAAUACGGAUAUGACAAAUAUGGCUAUAGCAAGUAUUAUAGCAAGUUUACGACAAAUAUGGCUAUGA